AUGUCGGUUUUGAGUAAAGGAAUGAAAUUUGACUGUGAUCGUAAAUUUUUAACGUUCUUCAAAAAAUACCAAAGGGAUAAAAGACAGCUUUUCACUAAGAGAAGUUCAAUUUCGAGCCAGGACAAACAAGUCGCGCACAGAAAUAUUAAUCGAAAAAAGUUUAAGUAUUACACUGUCCUGUAUUGCUGUAAGUACGGUGGACAUGAAUAUGAAUCACAAUCAAAUGGAGAACGGAAACGAGGGACCAGAAAGAUGGGAUGCAAAGCAAAAGUUAGGGCUACUGUCGAUAAAACGGGCCGACAUCUCGUUAUUAGGAAGGCGGACCUGAUCCAUACAGGACACGAUGACCUCGAGGAAUACUUUGAUACGCUCCCAGAGAACAAAAGACUUUCGGACCAAACUACUCAAUAUGUUCUCGACACAAUGAAAUUCGAUCCAAAAAAGGCCAAAUUGUUCGAUUAUUUGGAAACAAAAAAAACGUACAAUGGGAUUCAAAAGAUCUUGCAAACU